GCCAAAUCAUUGCCAAAUCUGCCAAGGGUGAUUGGGAAAACGUCAAAACGAGUUCCAAACCGUUUGGACGUUUGCACCGAUACACACGUGUUGGCUACAAAAAAGUACAUUCUCCUUGCCUUAGUCGAAUAUGUCGGAUGAAGAGGACGAAGAUGAAGAGAAGGGGGAGACGGGUGAAGGAGGAGAGGGAAAGGAAGUUUAUCCUUAUGGAGAAUACGAAGGAGGUAGGGACGAUCAACUAGACAGACAUGGAUUUGGUAGUGCGUUGCUGCCCAAUGGUGACAUAUACGAAGGGGAAUAUCACCAUGGAAAGAGGCAUGGUAAAGGGAUGUACUGUUUCAAAAACGGUGCAAGGUAUAUAGGAAUGUGGAGGAAAGGACUGAAGCAUGGUAAGGGGGAUUUCUUGUAUCCAGAUGGAAGUAAGUACUCGGGAGAUUGGAGGAAGGACCUGAAGCAGGGUCAAGGUACCUACUUCUUUCCAAACGGUGACACAUAUGAAGGAUGCUGGUUCAAAGGAUUGCGACAUGGUCUCGGCACUUAUACAUACAAAGCUUGCAACGUAACGCACUACGGGACGUGGACCAAUGGACGCAUGGAAGGGCCUGGAAUAGUAAACUAUCCAUAUUUUCGCUAUCAUGGUAGUUUUCAUAAGAAUUUGCCGAUAGGAGUUGGAUGUUUCACAUUCGAUGCAAAAUAUAUGCAGCACGGCUUUUACAUCAACAUGCGAGACCCAGCUUUCGACUACGUUGGCGCCGAGGAAUUGGAAUUAGAAGGAAGAGGAGCUAAUCAAGAGGAGAACGAGUACAGAGGAAACCCUAGAGGCAUAGUGCCAAUAUGGCGUGCAAGGUCAAUAACUGAGUACAAGACUGAGCUGCUGCCACCUGAGCCAGUACCGCUUCCAGUGAAGGAAUCAGUGGAGUCCAUGAUCGAUAUUAUCGACUAUCUUCAGAAGCAGUACGAAGUGGAAGGCUACCAAGUGGAAGAGGAACACAAAGCUACCCCGUCGCCGGUGCCAGCGGAGCUGGAAGUUGAUAUACCGGAUAUUGACUUUGAUAUUUGAGUUGUUGUGUACCCGCGUAUCAACGUCGUUUGUUUUUAGAAUUUAGCGUUAUUGGAAGUAAAAUAUAAUAAACUGAUAUCAGCUUGAUUGGUC